AUGCGGCUACGUGGAGCAGACCGAGCUACAGGACCGAGCUGCAGGACCGAGCUACAGGACCGAGCUGCAGGACCGAGCUACAGGACCGAGCUACAGGACCGAGCUGCAGGACCGAGCUACAGGACCGAGCUACAGGACCGAGCUGCAGGACCGAGCUACAGGACCGAGCUGCAGGACCGAGCUACAGGACCGAGCUACAGGACCGAGCUGCAGGACCGCGCACCGCAGAUCAUCGCUGGACAACAUUGGAUCACACAAAGGCGCCCAACGAUCGAGAGCGAUGACAAGGUCAUAACUCUGCCUCUGAAGUAUGGGUCAUCCAGCGAGUUCGACGGUGGCGUCGUUGUGCUACAUGUUUCAUGUUACCCUUGA